AUGGAAACACAACACACAGAACUCAAAGAAGCGCAAGAAAGCGCGAAGAAGAAGCCGACAGGGUAUGAUUUCUAUCGAGAGGUUCUAGGCUCACCGCGGUACGUGGUAGCGCCAAUGGUAGAUGGAUCCGAGCUAGCCUGGCGAAUCCUCUCACGAUACUAUGGGGCCGAGUUAUGCUACACGCCGAUGAUCCAUGCCGGUCUCUAUUCAGAUGGGCGACAGACGAAAUAUCGGGCCGAACAACUCGACUUGGGUUCUGCCGAGGAAGGCCACCCAUCAUUAGACCGUCCACUGAUCGUCCAGUUUUGCGCUAACCAUCCCGAUACCCUUCUCAAUGCCGCCAACCUCGUCGUCAAUCCUUCGUCUCCACUUCCUGAGGAUAUUGCAGUCGAUGCUGUCGAUCUCAAUCUUGGUUGUCCUCAGGGUAUCGCAAAGAAAGGGAAGUAUGGUGCAUUCUUGAUGGACCAUCCAGAUCUGAUCACCCAACUAAUCUCUCAUCUUAAUCAACAUAUACCCGUACCGGUGACGGCCAAGUACAGGCGAUUUGAGACAGCGGAAAAGACGGAGAGCUAUACGGACCGCUUGAUCGAGGCAGGCGCACAGAUGAUCAGUUUACACGGACGAACACGGGAGCAGAAAGGCCAGUUUACCGGACUGGCAGACUGGGAUAUGAUGCGAGGUGCGGUCGUCCGCAGCCAUGAACGAGGCCGACCGAUCCUGGGGAAUGGGAACGUGCUGGUAGCGAGAGAUGUGACGGAGCUGUUGCGACAGACCGGCGCAGAUGGGGCGAUGGUGGCAGAGGGUAACCUGUACAACCCAGCAAUCUUUGCGCCGCUCAACGGGGCUGUCAUGGCUCGCUUCCGCGCCGGUCUGCCGGAGCGCUUCAAGCUUGCGCUUGGUCGAGUCGAAGAGGAGUACGAUGACCCAUCGGGCAAGCUCGGUAGCCCGGAGUCCCUGCUUGAAUUUCCCACAUCCUCCAAGAUCGCCUCCCAGUACCUCGCCAUCUGCCGCACCCUGACCACCCGGACGGCCUCCUCGGCCAUCAAGGGACACCUCCACAAGAUUUUCCGGCCCGUCUUCGAGACUGGCAGAUACGACGAUCUCCGCAAUUGCCUCGCCGAGGUCUCAUGGGGCUCUGCCGAACCGUCGACGGACAGCUCUGCAUCACACAAGAGGCGGGACCGUGCUGCAUACGAAGGGCUUCUUGAUCGAUUCGAUGAAGUGGUGAGACUGGUCAAGCUUCGACUAGAGGAUGAUCGUCGGGUUGGUCUCUUGGACGAGCACCAGAUCGAUAUGGGUCUCACGAGGACCGAGGGGGAGUCUACUCCGGCCUUUCUCGCCCGGCUGCGUGUUCCUUAUUCGCGCUGCCAGCCGUAUGUGCGGGCGCUGGUAGCUGAACAACAGCACGCCGAGCCCCGGGCGGAGACAGCCCGGACCGAGCUCGCGGACUGUGCCGGCACCGGGUGUGCAAACUCAGCCGCCGGCCGGUGUAGCUGGGGGCUAUGCAAACGCUGCUGCGCGCAGCAGUCGGCCGAGUGUCCGGCCCAUCUGCGUCGGGCUGAGCUCGAGGCUGAGAGGAGGCUGAGCCGGGCAACUGCCAAGCGAGCCAGGACAAAAUGA